AGAUAUAAAAAAAAAAAAUGAUUGCCACCACUCACAACUGCGCAAUAUCUAUAUAUAUGUAAUAUACAUAUGCAUAUGUAUAUAUCAGCAUCACAUCGACAUCGACAUCGACAUCGUUACAUCUGGAGCACUAACUACUAUCAUUCAGCAUCAAACAUAAACAAUAUGCCCAGGCAGCAACCACUGCAUCAACUGCUGCUGCUGCUGCUGUUGCUGGCCCUAGCGCUGCCCGCAGCCAAAGCUCAAUAUCAGUCGCCACGCAUUAUUGAGCAUCCCACAGAUUUGGUCGUCAAGAAGAAUGAACCCGCCACGCUCAAUUGCAAAGUGGAGGGCAAGCCGGAGCCCACCAUUGAGUGGUAUAAGGAUGGCGAACCGGUCAAUACGAAUGAAAAGAAAUCGCAUCGGGUUUUGUUUAAAGACGGCGCUCUAUUCUUCUAUCGCACCAUGCAGAGCAAGAAGGAGCAGGACAGCGGCGAGUACUGGUGUGUGGCCAAAAACCACGUGGGCAAAGCCGUCAGUCGACAUGCCUCACUCCAAAUCGCUGUAUUGCGCGACGAUUUUCGCGUGGAGCCCAAAGAUACGCGCGUGGCCAAAGGCGAGACGGCGCUGCUCGAAUGUGGGCCGCCCAAAGGCAUACCAGAGCCGACCAUUAUCUGGAUGAAGAAUGGCGUUCCACUGGAUGACUUGAAUUCGAAACCUUUUAGCACCAACUCACGCGUCCGCAUCGUGGAUGGUGGCAAUUUGCUGAUCAGCAACGUGGAGCCCAUCGAUGAGGGCAAUUACAAGUGCAUUGCCCAGAAUCUGUUGGGCUCGCGCGAAUCCAGCUACGCCAAGUUGAUUGUCCAGAUCAAGCCAUACUUCAUGAAGGAGCCCAAAGACUUGACCAUGGUCUAUGGCCAGACGGCGACGUUUCAUUGCUCAGUCGGCGGUGAUCCACCGCCAAAGGUUCUGUGGAAGAAGGAGGAAGGCAACAUUCCGGUCUCUCGGGCACGCAUCCUGCACGACGAGAAGAGUCUCGAGCUGAGCAACAUAACGCCCAACGACGAGGGCACCUACGUCUGUGAGGCGCACAACAAUGUGGGCCAGAUCAGCGCCCGAGCCACGCUCACCGUGCACGCUCCGCCAAGUUUCUCCAAGAAGCCGACCAAUAAGAAAGUCGGUCUCAAUGGCCAAGUGCAGCUGCCUUGUGUGGCCACAGGCAAUCCGCCGCCAUCAGUCUUCUGGACCAAGGAGGGCGUGUCUACGCUCAUGUUUCCAAACAGCUCGCAUGGACGACAGCACAUCUCAGCCGAUGGCACGCUGCAGAUCAACGAUGUGCAGCAGGAUGACGAGGGCUUCUAUAUGUGCUCCGCUUUCAGUGUCGUUGACUCAGCCACGGUGCGCGUCUAUCUGCAAGUCAGCACGGUCGAUGAGCGCCCGCCGCCCAUCAUACAAAUUGGACCCGCCAAUCAAACGCUAUCCAAGGGCUCCGUCGCCACAAUGCCUUGUCGUGCCACGGGCAAUCCGACGCCACGAGUCAAAUGGUUCCACGAUGGCUACGCAGUGCAGACGAGCAAUCGUCACAGCAUCGUUCAGGGCAGCUCCCUACGAAUAGAUGAUCUGCAGCUAAGUGAUUCUGGUUUAUAUACAUGCACCGCCUCCUCGGAGCGUGGUGAAUCCAGCUGGUCUGCUACUCUGAGAGUGGAGAAGAGCAGCUCUGCCACACUGCAUCGUGUGGCGGAUCCCAGCACCUAUCCCGCCCCACCAGGCACGCCCAAAGUCAUCAAUGUGACACGCACGAGCAUCUCACUGAGAUGGGCCAAGAGCCAAGAGAAACCAGGCGCUGUUGGUCCUAUCAUAGGCUAUUCUGUGGAAUACUUUAGUCCCGACCUGCAAACGGGCUGGAUAGUAGCCGCCCAUCGCAUUGCGGAUACCCAAGUAACGAUCUCCGACCUGACCUCGGCCACAUCGUAUGUGUUUUUGGUGCGCGCUGAGAAUACGCAGGGCGUGUCUGUGCCCUCAGGCCUCUCGAAUGCUAUUAAGACCUUGGGCGAGGACUUUGACGUGGCGCCCUCCAAUGAGCUGUCCGCAGCGCGAACGCUGCUCACCGGCAAGGUUGUGGAGCUCAUCGAUGCCUCGGCUGUAAAUGCGAGCGCCGUGCGCUUGGAUUGGAUGCUGCACGUGAGCGCAAACGAGAAAUUUGUGGAGGGUCUGCACAUACGCUAUCGCGAUGCCAGCUCCCAUUCGAAUCAGUAUGCAAUGGUCACAGUGCUGGAUGCUGCCUCGGAAUCUCAUGUGAUUGCCAAUUUGCGCAAAUAUACGAAAUACGAAUUCUUUGUGACGCCCUUCUAUGAGACCAUCGAGGGACAGCCCAGCAAUUCGAAAUUAGUCACAACCUAUGAGGAUGUGCCCUCUGCUCCGCCGGAUAAUAUACAAAUUGGCAUGUAUAAUUUAACUGCUGGCUGGGUGCGCUGGACGCCGCCGCCAGCUCAGCAUCACAAUGGCAAUUUGUAUGGCUAUAAAAUCGAAGUCAGCGCCGGCAACACAAUGAAAGUGUUGGCCAACAUGACGCUGAAUGCAACAACCACAUCUGUGCUGCUUAAUAAUCUAACCACAACAGCUGUUUAUAGCGUGCGCCUGAAUGCGUUUACCAAAGCAGGCGACGGGCCCUAUUCCAAGCCAAAAUCCUUGUAUAUGGAUCCCACGUAUCAUGUACAUCCGCCGCGUGCCCAUCCCAGCGGCACACACGACGGCCGCCACGAGUCUGGCAAUGAUUUCACAUACCACACGAAUGGCAUGGUGAAUACAGAGCCCAAUCAUGCCAAUCCGACGACACAUCGCAAGACGACAGUCAUACCGCAUGGCACUUGGGUUAUGGUGCUGGUUAUCGUAGUCCUAUUGAUUGUGGUUGCUUCGACGGCAACGGUCAUGAUUUACUUUAGGCGCCGCCAUCAAAUGACCAAAGAGCUGGGACACCUGAGCGUGGUCAGCGCCAAUGAGAUAACUGCUUUGAACAUCAAUAGCAAGGAGAGCCUGUGGAUAGAUCGCGGCUGGCGCACCACGGACACGGACAAGGACUCGGGUCUGAGUGAAUCCAAGCUGCUGUCGCAUGUCAACAGCAGUCAGUCCAACUAUAAUAACUCCGAUGGCGGCACCGACUAUGCCGAGGUGGACACACGCAAUUUGACCACCUUCUACAACUGUCGCAAGAGUCCCGAUAAUCCUACACCCUAUGCCACGACCAUGAUCAUUGGCACCUCAUCCAGUGAAACGUGCACCAAGGCCACCUCGUUGAGUGCUGACAAGGAUUCGGGCACACAUUCGCCCUACUCGGAUGCAUUUGCAACUCAGGGCGCAACGGCGGCGGCGGCGGCAGCUACAGCUAGCAACAAAUCAAACUACUUGCAAUAUCCAACAGAAACGAUUAAUUGGUCUGAAUUUUUGCCACCACCACCAGAGCAUCCGCCGCCAUUGUCCUCCAAUUAUGGCUAUGCGCAGGGCUCGCCGGAGUCUUCGCGUAAGAGUUCCAAGAGCGCCGGCUCUGGCAUUUCAACCAAUCAAAGCAUUUUAAAUGCCUCCAUACACAGCAGCUCGUCAGGUGGCUUUUCCGCUUGGGGCGUUUCGCCGCAGUGCGCCGCUGGCUGUCCACAGGAGAAUCUUUAUAGCAAUCCGCUGAGCACUGUGGGCGGCACACAGAAUCGCUACCAGAUCACGCCCACCAGCCAGCAUCCGCCGCCAUUGCCGCCCUAUUUUGCGACUACCGGUGCCGGGGGCGGCGGCGACAUGGCCUCCCGCAACAUACAUAUCCACUAUCCCACGCAGCGGCACGCCGUGAGCGAAUAUCAGGCGUCGCGUUGUGGCAGCAACAGCCGCGCUUGCAACAGCUGUGAUGCCCUGGCCUCGCCCAUGCAGCCGCCGCCGCCGUUGCCGCUGCAGCAGCCAGUGGAGGGCUGGUAUCAGCCGGUGCAUGCGCCACAUGGCAGUCAGAUGCCAGCGGCUUCCUCCAGUCAUCAGAUCUAUCAAUGCUCCUCCGAGUGCUCGGACAACUCGCGCGCCUCGCACGGCCACAAUAAGCGACACCAGCAGCCUCACCAUUCCGACAGCAGCACUGAGCACAGCGGCAGCAAGCGCUCCGCUCAGCGUCGACAGGCGGCACAGCACGCCCAGCAACAGCAGCAGCAGCUGCAACAGCAGAACUCCUGCGCGGAGAGUGAGAAUGAAAAUAUGUUGGCGUCCAGCUAUGAGCUGCAUCAGCGCAACUAUACGAGCGAUUGCUGCAACAGCUCCCGGGAGGGUGACACCUGCUCCUGCAGCGAGGGCUCCUGCCUGUACGCCGAGGCUGGCGAUCCCGUGGGACCGCCGCAGCGCCUCAUGACUGCUAAAAAUACUUAAGCCAAUCAGCACAUUGGAAUGGGAAUUGGAAUUGGAAUCCCAAUUGGAUCUUGCAAACGUAUUAAGAAAACAAAAGAUAGCAUCUAGUCCAUCAUUUUUCAUUCAUAUCGAACCUAGCACACAAUACUAUAUAGCAUUUUAUAUAACUAGAACUGUGCUAUACAUACAUACAUAUAUAUAAAAACAAGAAUAAGGAAAGAUCCUAUGAAAACCGAAUACGUACACACUCACAAAACGAAUGCAGAACAACUAAAAAACAACAAUCAAGGUGCACAGCUCGAAUUAUGAUCUUAAACUUAGUUAUA